GCUCGGAGCCAGUUCGAUCGGCGGAUUAUCAGGGGUGACCCAGCGAUGUGAUCUUCUGUGUGCUUAUCGUUGGACCUUGGAUGUUCGGCAGUGCUUGUCGUAGAGUCUUCUAUAUUGGGCGAUGCAAGUGGCACCUCUUGUAUUGGUGAAGGUGUGGGGAUGGACGGAAGGGGAUUUAGAAAAAGUGGAGGUCCAGAGACCGGAGUUGCAGAUGUAUGGUUCGGCAGGUUAUGAUGUAAGAUUUUGUCCUCCAUGAUUCUGAUAUCUUUGGAGAUGACGACGGUAUUGGUUGCAGGGUCGUAGCAUCUGUAGCCAUUGACCUGCUCGUCGACGCUGAGGUGGAUACAAGGUCGCAAUUCGAUGUCGAUCUUUCCUGAGUUAAGCGUGGUACAGUGCACAUACGCUAGAGCUCCGAAGAUGCAAAGGUUCUGGAGUGUGUUGUAUGUUACUACCUCUUCCGGAAGUGGAACUCCGACUUUGUCGAGUAGAUCUGCCGUAUCCUUCAUGUCGGUGAGGUAUUCGUCCAUGCUGCUUGUUUUUCAAACAUUGAAGAAUCUGUCAAUCAGGAAGACUUUCCUCAUGUUGCUGUUUGAUUCGUACCGAGACUUGAGCGAGGUCCAGCAGUCGUAUGGCUUGUGGUACCUUCUGAGUAGCUUGAGUGCCGUCCCUCCUUUCACGCUGCUUUUCAGAGUGCUCUGGGCUUGUUGUCUUCCUCUCUUUUCUUCCUCCGACAUUGUGCUGUUAGGAGGUGUAACAUAGUAGUGAUGCAAUCCGUCUCGUUCUAAUAUACUUUGAAUCCCAAAGCCCAGAUGCCGUAGUUUUCUAAUCCUGUAAGGUGAUACGUUUCAGGUAUCUAUUGAAUUUACAGAAUACUACACCAAGAAUAUUGGGAAAAACAACACUUUAUUACAAGUCAAAUUAUAUGUAUCAAUUAGAAGUUCUUAUUUCUUACUAGUAACACACUAGUUACUAAACUUCCACUAAAUAAUAACUUCUCCAUUGAUAUUAUAUGUCCUAAUUCUUC